AUGCGGGAAAUGUGGGUGAAGCAGAAGAAGAUGAUUACUCAGCACUGCCCGCUGUCUGACAAGUCGAAAGAGAUUGUGUGCUGUUUCGACGAUCCGAAAUUCGAAUGUCACAUCCCCUUUGCCGGAAUCGGCGAGGGCACCUCCCACCCGUUGCUUAACCAACUCAAGAAAAACAAGGUGAGUAUGAAGACCUAUUGCUUCGCCGACGAAGAGUCUUUUGUUCCAGACCACUUCGCCUAUGUCCUGGAGCAUGUUUCCGAUCUAGAGAAGGCGUACAAAUACCUGGAAGAGAGGAACAUCAAGCGAGGACUGGAUCGAAUGGCUUUCCACAUGUUCAACUCCAUCAUACCAUUCAAAACCUACAACUGCAAGAAGCUUUUCACCAAG